AUGCAGCUGGGGGCGCCGCGGGCCGUGCUGCUGGCCGCGCUGCUGGCGGGGCUCCGGGGCGAGAAGGGGCGCCUGCUGAGCGGCCAGCUGGUCUGCCGGGGAGGGACACAGAGGCCUUGUUAUAAAGUCCUUUACUUCCAUGAUGCUUCUCGAAAACUGAACUUUGAGGAAGCCAGAGCAGCCUGCCGGACAGACGGGGGCCAGCUAGUCAGCAUUGAGUCUGAAGAUGAACAGAGGCUGAUAGAGAAGUUCAUUGAAAACCUCAUGGCAUCUGAUGGCGAUUUCUGGAUUGGGCUCUGGAGGCGUGAGGAGAAGCAAAGCAACAGCACAGCCUGCAAGGACCUUUACACUUGGACAGAUGGCAGCAUAUCAACAUUCAGGAACUGGUAUGUGGAUGAGCCUUCCUGUGGCAGCGAGGUCUGCGUAGUCAUGUACCACCAGCCAUCUGCACCCACCGGCAUCGGGGGCCGCUAUAUGUUCCAGUGGAAUGACGACCGAUGCAACAUGAAGAACAAUUUCAUUUGCAAAUACUCCGAUGAGGAACCAACAGUUCCUUCUCUGGGGCUGGGAGGUGAAAGGACAAAGCCAGCCACACCCAUACUUCCAGAAAACACAGAGGAAGAAGAUGUCAAGGAAACAUUUAAAGAAAACAAAGAAGCUGCCUGGAACCUUGCCUACCUCCUCGUCCCCGGCAUCCCCCUCCUCCUCCUCCUGCUGGUCACCGCAGUUGUCUGCUGGGUUUGGAUCUGGAGGAGGAGGACCCGGGAGCAGCCAGGCCCCAGCAUGAAGGAGCCACCGCGCACCCUCUGGCCCUUGCCUGGCCGAGCCAACAGCCCAGACCUGGAGGUUUACAAGGUCAUCCAGAAACAAAGCGAAGCUGACUUAGCCGAGACCCGGCCAGACCUGAAGAAUAUUUCAUUCCGAGGCUGCUCGGGAGAAGCCACUCCUGAUGCCCUGUCCUGCGACUCUGAGGACAGGGCUGUGAACCCAUCUGAGAGCGGGUUUGUCACACUGGCCAGCAUAGAGAGCGGCUUUGUGACCAAUGACAUUUACGAGUUCUCUCCAGACCACCGGCUGGGGAGAAGCCAGGAGUGUGGGUGGGUGGAAAAUGAAAUAUAUGGUUAUUAG